AUGAGACGCGAGGCAUGCAGUCGUUGGGGAGUGCCUGACCUAGCACUGGCCGACCAGAGAUGCUCAGAUAAAGGUUGUUGCGAAGAAUAUACUCCCCCUUCAACCCCAACACCCGCGCCAACCCCUUCACCGACAACAGUCCCAUCCACUGCCCCGACAACAGUCCCAUCCACUGCCCCGACAACAGUCCCAACCCCUGAGCCAACCCCAACACCAUUUGUCUGUCCCAUAGACGACAUCGCGCGCACUAAGUGUAUGGGCCCAAAAGACUGUCUCUAUCCAUUGGCCGGCGUAUGUGAUAAAUUUAUUGCAUGCGAGAUCAAUCCGGAUGGAGUGACCGGACGGCCAACUGUGAAAGACUGUCCGCCCGGACUCGAGUGGAAUGAUAACGAAAAGUAUUGCGAUUCGCCCGUUAGCUCGACAUGCGUUAAGCCAACGCCCCAACCAUUUAUCUGCCCCACGGAGGACAUCGCUCGCACACACUGUAUGGGUGCCACAGACUGUGUCUACCCAUUCGUCGGCAAUUGUAGUCAAUAUAUUCAAUGCGUGGUCAACGCCGGCGGUGUCACCGGACGACCCAUUGUGAUGGACUGUCCGGCGGGUCUCGAAUGGAAUGAUAACAACAAGAUAUGCGUUUCGCCCGUUAGCUCCACCUGUCCUAAGCCAACACCGACGCCAACCCGUCCGACCCGCGCGCCAACCCCUAUACCAACCCUAAUACCAUUUGUCUGCCCGCUGGACGACAUCGCGCGCACUAAUUGCAGCGGACCAACAGAUUGUCUCUACCCUUUCCCCGGCAAUUGUAUCGACUUUAUUGUAUGCCUGGUAGAGCCCGAUGGGAGUGGAUUGCCCAUGGUUAAAGAAUGUCCGGUGGGCCUCGAAUGGAAUGAUAACAAAAAGAUUUGCGAUUUGCCAAUUAGCUCCACAUGUUCUAAGCUAAGCCAACAGCCCACUUAA